AUGCCUUUCCAAAGAGAAACAAAGUCUUCUCCAUACUACUCAAGAUUCCAAACUCCUUUCCGUCGUAGAAGAGAAGGUAAAACUGAUUACUACCAAAGAAAGAGAUUAGUAGCUCAGCACAAAGCUAAGUACAGCACUCCAAAAUACAGGUUAGUUGUCAGAUUCACCAAAAAAGACAUCAUCUGUCAAAUCAUUUCAUCACAAAUCACUGGUGAUAUCGUCUUAGCUGCUGCCUACUCCCAUGAAUUACCAAAAUACGGUAUCAAAUACGGUUUAACUAACUGGUCUGCUGCUUACGCAACCGGUUUAUUGAUUGCCAGAAGAACUUUGAAAAAAUUAGGUUUAGAUGAAACCUAUGAAGGUGUCACCGAACCAGAAGGUGAAUUCGAAUUAACCGAAGCCGUUGAAGAUGCUCCAAGACCUUUCAAAGUCUUUUUAGAUGUUGGUCUACAAAGAACCACCACCGGUGCCAAAGUCUUUGGUGCCCUUAAAGGUGCUUCUGAUGGUGGUUUGUACAUUCCUCACUCUGAAAACAGAUUUCCAGGUUGGGAUUUCGAAUCUAGUGAAUUAGAUUCAGAAACUUUAAGAAAAUACAUUUUUGGUGGCCACAUUGCCGAAUACAUGGAAGAAUUGGCCGAUGAUGAUGAAGAAAAAUACAGAACUAUUUUCAAAAACUAUAUUGACGAUGACAUUGAUGCUGAAGGAAUUGAAGACAUUUAUGCCGAUGCCCAUGAAGCUAUUAGAGAAAACCCGGAAUUCAAACCAACCACCAAGAAAUACACUAAAGCUCAAUAUGCUGCUAACUCCAAGAAAUACAGAGACGUUAAAUUGACCAAACUGGAAAGAGAAGCCAGAAUUGCCAAAAAAAUUGCUGCUUUCAAAGCAGACAAUUAG